UGUAUACUCAACCCUUUCAGUUUUCAGCGAUGGAAAAUGGCCAUUUCUCAUCUUCUCCUAAAAUCUUAGAUUGUAUUUGUCGCUGUUUUAAAUAUUUUAAUAUAUUUUAAUAAUACAGUGCCACGAUUUUAUUUAGGCUAUUCGGUGUUUCUGGGUGGCAUUUAUUUUAUCCUGUUCUGGACAAGGAAAUGGCGAAAAGCGACCCAACAAGGUACACAUACGGACGUGUAGUAGAGAAUGCGGUAGUCUACAUUUGACUGUCAUCGGCCUGAGUAAAGCACAUUGAAUAUACGAGUUCUUUCAUUUUUCUACCAGAUUUCUCAAGAAAAAAGGUUCAGUGCUAAUUCAAUGGUUCGUCAACAUGAAAAUGGAUUUCUGAUGCGCUUAAAUUGAUUCUGCUCAACAUUUUCAGCAGAAAUGUUUUAGGAAUAAUUAAAUAUGACUUUACUGAAAACCCUGCAAUGGUUGUCAGGAUUAUAUAGCCGGUUUUGCUUUUGUAUCCUAUUUCUUUGUUGUCUGUUUCCUUGGUUCCCGUUUUUGCCCUCUUGUUGGUUCCUGUGGUAGCCUAUGAUUAGCCAACACCCGUUUCUGUUCUCCCUGAUUACCCUUCAUGUAAUCAGGAAGCGGUGUUAUCUUAGUUCCUGCCACCUCGGUGUUUCCAUUCCUACACGGAUGGACUCCAGCAUCUCUGCAAUCCUAGGACAAAGGUGUUUUUGGUGAUGAUGUGGUGACAGUGUCAGUAAUGGAGGGAGAUUCAGUCACUCUACACACUAAUAUCACCAAAAAAGUACAUGACAAGAUGCUGUGGUAUUUUGAAGACACUCGCAUCGCUCUGAUCAAUGGACAUCCCAAUACGAGCUGUUUAUAUGAUGGUGAAGGCGGGAGAUUCAGAGACAGACUGAAGGUGGACUAUAAGACUGGAUCUCUGAUCAUCACAAACAUCACAACUGAACAUGCUGGACGUUAUGAAGCAGAGAUCAUCAGAAGCGAAAGUUCAGGAAAAAGGCAAAGGUUGAACAGAAACCGCAAGUGUGACAGCACAAAAAUCACCAAAAAAAUCAGCAUCACUCAUGAUGAUACCAUAAAAACUUUCAAUAUGAUCCUCAUUGCUGCUCUGUCUGAUCAAGUCAAAACCGAUGAAGAGCCCCGUAUGGAGAAGAGGGAGUCUUACUUAGAUUCAGGUCUGUCUUCAGCUGCUGUAGUAGGAAUAUGUGCUGCUGCUUUGCUGCUGAUGUUUGCAGCUACUGCUGGUGUGAUUUACUAUCGCCGCUGGAUCUCUAGAAAUGCAAUAAGGAAGAAUGAAAACAGUGGAGGACUACUGUUCAAAGAUGAGAAGGAGAAAGAAGAUCCCAAAAGUGUCAUUAUAAAAUAAGAAAAAAAAACAACUGUAAAACAUAUACUUACGCAUAUACAAUAUUUAAAAAUGUGUUUUAUUUACAUCUUUAAAGUCAAUUUACAAGAAGAUAUUGACUGUACAUUGGUUAUUUGAGAUAUAACUUAAACACUAAUUGUAACACAGACAAAUGAUUGUAAGGAAAUUAGUGUCUCCUGUGCCACCUGUAAACUGUGAGACACUCGCUGUAUACUGAUCUUGGGUAUAUAUUUUCAUUUAAUCAUUUAGCAAAUGGUUUUAUUAUGAUGAGCAUCACAAGCACUUUAUCACAGGAAUUAUUAAAAUAAGAUGAAUAAGGACGGAUCCUUAAUCCACCACAGUUCAACAGAACAGGUUAAGUUGUUUCUUUGUGCAAUACAAAAUACAUUCUUACAUGUUUGUAUGACACAGCUAUUUCUACUACUUCUAAGUUUUUGCACAGGAUAAUUAAAUGUUAUAUACUAGACAAAAAUGAGAAAAUUGUCUUUGAUCCAAUAUUAUAUAUAUAUAUAUAUAUAUAUAUAUAUAUAUAUAUAUAUAUAUGUGUGUGUGUGUGUGUGUGUGUGUGUGUAUAUACAUUCACACACAUAGAUCAAUAAUUAGUGAAGGUCAAUGGAUGCCAUAGUGUGAGUAAUAUGUAAUGUAAGUAAUAUGUAAACAAGUAUGUGAGUAAUAUGUAAUAUGUAAACAAGUAACCGAUUAUGAUGAUUUUAAAAUUUAAUAUAAUAUAAUCUGAAGUCCUUUUACCUGUAUUUCUGUUUACUUUUUUACUCUUUUUUUUUUGGAGAAAAUGAAUGAGGCUUCCAGAAGAAAAUUCUCUGUCAUCCUUUACACUGUAUUACAUUUAUUAAUGUAUGACUAAAAUAAAUAUGUGCCUAUAAUAAAAAAAAAAUGUUGUCCUCUUCAGAUUUUGUGGCAUGU